UUUUUAUUAUUGCACUUUCAAAAAUAAAUGAGCCUAUAGGGAAAGAAAAAAACUUGUAAAUCUGACUUUACAAAGGACAAACCCACAAUUUCCAUUCUCUUUAUUUUCAUGACAAAUAACCUAAGGUCCAUUGUACUGUGCAGCGGGCACUCAGCAUGCUUUCAAAUCGUUCGUGUCUCUGUGCGUGUGUGUGUGUGUGUGCAUGUGCGUGUGUGUGUUUGAAACACAGAGAGCGAGAGAGCGAGAGACAGAGAGACAGAGAGAGAUAAAAAAAGAGUCAAACCACAGCGAGCAGUGUACGAGACAACAGGAGAACUGAGAGAACACACGCGGAAAUAAAAGCUCGCACCGUUACGGUAUUCCCAAAACAUGGGAAACAGGGAAAACAGGUUCUUUUAUUGCAUUAGUCUGGAUGAAAUAUGAACGUAAACCAAACUGUAGCAUACGUUUUGUUAGUGAGGAGUUUGACUUUUUAUUCUAGAGGAAGUGAAAGGGCUUGACCACACACACACACACACGCGCAUAGAGGGACAAGAUACAGGAGCUUUCUACAGAGACUUCUCCAGGAUGCGAUGUCACGUGAAGACGCUUGUACAAACUCUCGUCUGUCUGCUCAUCCUUACCUGCUUGUAUGUCUCCAUGAGGAGGACGCAAGGGACAGAUCAAGAGACGGAGCAAGAGAGAAAACCAGUGGAUGCUGCCUGGCUUAUCGGGAACUACAGCAGCGAAAAAUGCUCUGAAGAGCCUCAGGAGAACAUUCCGUGCCUCAAAGCUUCGGUUCGAGUGUUAGCAGGAGAUGUUCAGCCUCAGCAAAGGUACCUCACCGUGGGUCUUUCUUCUGUGAAGAGGAACAAGGAGAACUAUCUUCUAAAAACCCUGCAAUCCAUCUUCAGUCAGUCAUCAGAGGACGAGCUUUCUGAAAUGGUGGUCGUGGUUCUUCUGGCUGACUUUGACCUAACCUGGGUUCACCAAACUCUAACCAGCAUCAUCAAGCUUUUUUCCAAACAUCUGAUCCAGGGUCAACUCCUGGUAAUUCACGCCGACGAGGCGAACUACCCUCCACUGACGGGCCUGAAAAGGAACUUCAACGAUCCUCCGGAUCGCGUGACCUUCCGCUCCAAGCAGAAUGUAGACUAUGCCUUCUUGGUGGACUUCAGUGCCAAGCUUUCUAAGUACUACCUCAUGCUGGAGGAUGACGUGAGCUGCUCUAAAGGAUUCUUGACCAGCAUUCAAGGUCACAUUAGAUCAAAAGGAACUUCUCCGUGGGUGACGCUCGAGUUCUCCAAACUGGGAUAUAUUGGGAAACUGUACUACUCGAAAGACCUCCCUCGUCUGGCUCACUUCCUCUAUUUGUUUUACCAGGAAAUGCCUUGUGACUUUCUUCUUUCACACUUUCGCACUUUGCUCAUGCAGGACAAAGUCAUCCGCUUUCGACCGUCCCUCUUCCAGCACAUGGGGACGUUUUCAUCGUUUCAGGGAAAGCAUAAUAAGCUGAAAGAUGAUGACUUCCAAGACAAUCCGGCAGAUAACCCUCCAGCCACUGUCUACAGUGAUAUUGAAGUUUUUCAAAACCACAAUCCAGUCGAAGCCUACAGUCAAGGGGCGAGCUAUUUCUGGGGCAAAACCCCAAUAAACGCAGGGAACUUCUUUCUCGUGGUUUUCGAGCAGCCAGUCGUCCUUUCACAUAUCGUGAUUGAGACGGGGAACGAUGGGAAGGACAUUCUUCAGGCUGGAGAAGUCGAGGUCGGGGAAUCUGUGGUGCGAACCUCGAGUGGAGCGGAGUGCACAGAGCGUCACAAUUUAGGAGUCCUAAACAUGGGAUCUUUUGAGCUUCAAAACAUCGAGCAGACUCUGAACAGGCCGGUGUUGUGUUUAAAAAUCCGAGUGACUGAAAGUCAGACAAAUUGGGUGAUCAUUAGGAAAAUCCAGGUUUGGUUAAAGAAGGAAGGACAAUCGGGAUAAUGCAGGGAGAAUUCAUUAUUUAAUAUGUUAUUUAUCAGGGAAAUAAAAUUUUACAGUGAGUGGGCAUUUAGGAUCCAUGAACAAACUGUGUCAUGGUUGUAUGAAUUGUUUUUUCCUCCAGAGUAUCAUUAGUAUCUAAUGAAAGUAGAUUUAACUGUUAUGAAAAGAAACGAGGAAUCUUUGGCAUAGACUUGGGCUGGUGUUGGAGAAGGGUAAGGGGGCAGCGUUUAAAAAGGUGAAACGCUGAGACAUUUAGGAAUUUAAUGGGGCAAAAACUAGCUGUGACUCCUAUCAGAUCACAUUCUUGGUGAUGGGAAUAAAAUCUGUAAAUGUUUGACAUGCACGCAGUGUAAUGGUGAUAACACGAGUUUUAUAUGAAUGUGCAUUUACAGCAGGCUGCGAAGGAGAAUGAAAAGAAAUGUCGUAGACGUUAAAAUAACAGUAUGUUAUGAAGUUAUGGUAAGACGGGAACAAAGGGUGCAUUUAAAAAAAGGAUAUAGAAAUAUACUUUAUAUAAUAUAGAGUGUGUUUAUACAAGAGGGAACGUGAAAUCUGAUCCUGUUUUGAACACGUACGACAGUCAAAAUGUAUUCGGUAUGGGUAAAGGUUUAGAUAAAACGUCACUAGAGUGGUUAAAGUGAGUCAUGCUUAAUAUACAGUAUCUAGUCAUACUUCUAUAUCUAAGUGAGGUGCAAUUAGAAUGGGAGGGGAAGUGUAAAUCUUUGAUAAUCCGUUCAAUAGGUAAAAAAUUAGCCCUGAUUGUUUUUCUUGUAAAAGAUUAAAUAUAAUCUUUUUACACAUCUUGUGAGAUCAGCGUCCAGAACCGCAAACAGUGAAUUUAACUCCUUAAUCAGAAUGAUUGUAAAGGGAUUGAAGAAUUAUUAUCAAUGAACAUAGCUGGAACAUUCUAGCCAGUAAGAACUUUACAAAGAACCAAACAAAAUUGUGUUGUUAUUAGAAUUUGGACAUUUUGUCUUUUGGUCAAGUUCCCAGUUACAUAUAUAUAUAUAUAUAUAUAUAUAUAUAUAUAUAUAUAUAUAUAUAUACAUAUUGCGGCGUUUGGGGUUUGGGGGUUGGUAGAUUAACCCAAAUAUCCAAGAAACAUCAGUCUUUAGUUGUUGCUUAAAGAUUGCCGGGCCAGAACUGAAAACUAGUCCACAUGCACGUCCUCCUCGAUUUUCCGAGAGACGGUGGUACUAGUUUAAAUGAUCUUUACUGUCUACGCUCAUGGAUAUUUAUUUAAAAAAGGUUUACAUGUAAAAACAAAUGAAUUGACAAAAAAAUAUAUGUUUUUAAUAAAAAUGACCAGUACAGUCGGAAAUCAUCGCAACUAGAAACAAAGCUGAUGGCAUUCCGAAGAUACACACUUCAAAGAUCUUACAACAUCCUUAUUAUUAUUAUUAUUAUUAUUAUUAUUAUUAUAUGGUGGUAAUCCAGUUUUUUUUUUUACUUUCGAGGGAAGUGAUCGAGCAUAUUUCUCUUUAACCACUUAAACUGAACUGGAACAGAGGUGAGUCCAGGGAAGAGAGUUUGUGUUUUUUGUUACUUUGACAGGUGGAAUGUGGAGGAGGAAGGAGAGCAGUACUUGUCCCGUACUCUCACCACUUAGUGCUGUUUAUAUCACACGAGUUUACAUAAGUCAAUGCCUUAGCCUACUGGACAGUAUCUACUGUAAGUAGGUCUCUUAGGUUUUAAGCAGACCUCUAGGGAUGUAUUUUUUAAACAUUUAUUUUUGGAAAUAAAAUUUUCAUUUAGAGCCUAUAAUGACCAUGUGAUGUCUUUUUUUGUUUGUUUGUUUGUUUGUUUAAUAAACACUGUGUUACUGUACUUCCUAGCCUUCCUAACUAUUCACCAUAAAGUGAUUCA